AUGAUACAUGUCAAAUAUCAUCUCAACGUCUUUCCUUCACCUCACCGACUCAGUAGGGAUGCCCCCCCAAUGUUGUCCGAUAGCGUGAGCGUCACCCUCACCCAACCGCAGGAGUAUGCCUUCACAGCCUUCUCCGCCAUUACGCUCUACAACUCCAUCGAGCUGAUCAUCCUCUGCCUGGCCACUUUCAAGCGCUACCACGGCGUCUACUUCUGGAGCCUGUUCAUCACAUCAUGCAGCCUCAUCGUGAACACCCUUGGCUUCAUCCUGCUCUUCUUUGUCAACGUCACCCCAUACGUCUCCGUCACAAUCGUGCUCAUCGGGUGGUACUGCAUGAUAACAGGGCACUCGAUCGUGCUCUGGUCGCGCCUGCACCUCGUCCUCCAUCAGCCUCGCAUCCUGCGCGCAAUCCUCUACCUGAUCAUAGUCAAUGCAGUUGUCCUGCAAAUACCCACCACCGUCCUCCUGUACGGCGCCGUCUCACCCUCUGUCGGGGAGACCUUCACAAAAGGGUACAACAUCAUCGAGCGCAUCCAGCUCGUGGUCUUUUGUCUGCAGGAAUCGCUCCUCUCGAGCAUCUAUAUCUGGGAAACGGCCAAGCUGCUGUAUUUGCGCCCGCAGCGCGCCCACCGCAUUAUUCUGGUCCAGCUGCUGGCUAUCAAUAUUGUCAUUCUGGCGCUGGAUAUCGUGGUCGUUGUCUUCCAGUACGCGGGACUGUUUGCGCUGCAGGUUGUCUUUAAGCCGGUUGCGUAUAGUAUCAAGUUGAGGCUGGAGUAUGCGAUUCUGGGAAGGCUGGUGGUGUUUGCGACGGGCGCGCAGGGGUCCUCGUCCAGCGGCAGAUCGCAGAACGAAAGUGGUCCAUCGUGGCCGGGGAUGGUGGGUGUGAGUGAUGAAUCGUGGAGAAGCGGAGGCAGUUCGAAAAGCAAUCCCUGUAGAUGUGGCAAUUCAUAG